ACAUUGCUGAAGAGGGCGACCACUUAUCUGAAUCUGUCGGCCGUCGCCACCAGAAAGCAGUCAUCCGGUGAUGGCUUACCCGAGGAAGUGGUCUACAGUAAGAACAAUGUCUGCGUCCACGCCAUCGACCGGCACACCAACCAAUUGGUCCACAAUUUGGGUUACCUCACCAUCAAAACCCAUCACAACACUAGUGGCCAUACGGUUGGCGACGACGACCAGUUGUGGACACUAUGUCUUCAGUGGACGCCCAACGAGUGUCUGACCAAACAUUUGGACCACAAUUACGAGAAUUGCGUUCAAAAUAAUCAUAUCAUAGGAAGCGAUGCGCCGAUCGAUGGCAACCAAUUGCUUCAUAAAUUGGAUACCAAUGAGAAAAGCAAUGAGAAGAUAGUGAUAGGAGGGGACGCAUCAAGUGAUGAAGAAUUUGUGUCCGAAUUCAAAAUCUGCAUCAAUAAAGAUAAUAAUAAUUACAAGAAUACCUCCAAAUCUAGUCAUUCCAGCGAUGGUGAGCGCAAACGCAGGAACAGUGCGGCCGAAGAGAGUGUCGAUACAGUCGACGGUCGGAUGGAUGGUCUGUGUGUCCGGCGGUGUCAGAGCUGUCGAAACACUCCACUCAAGAGGAGUGCCAACAGCGAGACGUCGAUCAACACAUUCAGUGCGGACUUAAAGCAAAUAAAGUCUUUGCGUGUAUUCUUCGGCGGCGAUGAGUGGGACACGAGUAGUGACGGCUCAGGCGGUGACAAUACCAGCGGACAACUGGUUAUUGUGAGCAGAGAUUCAUUUUAUAAAGUGUUUGAUUUUCAUUGCGGAGGUUUAGACAGACUUCUCAAUGUCUUAAAUGGUUUAGACUUUUGGGAUAAAUCCGAGACAUCGAAGGAAACCAAUUCAUUGCAGUUCUCUAUCUGUCGGCCGAAACUCGAUUCCCAUGAAUGCCAUCCCGAAGAGGAGCUAUACAUGUGUGUCGACGCCGACCAGUGGUCAGAGAGCGUCAACGAAUUGGGACAAGUGAUGGACGAACAGUCCAUACGGAAGGCCGUAUUCUUCGCCGGUGUUGAUCCGUCUCUUCGGCGAAAGAUUUGGCCGUUUCUGUUGAAAAGAUAUGAAUUUGAAUCGACGUAUUCCGAGAGAGAAGCCGACGAUUCGCUCAAAUCUAAACAGUAUUACGAAAUCAGUGGCAAAAUGAAGACAAUGAGUGACGAAGAGAGGGAUUGGUUUUGGAGACACAUUGAGAGCAUUGUAGAGAAGGACGUCCCGCGCACUGACCGCUCAAAUCCAUACUUUGCCGGCGAUAACAACCAUAAUAUCGACAAAAUGAGAAGAAUAUUAAUAAACUUUGCUCUCUAUUGUCCGCAAAUGGGUUACACUCAGGGAAUGUCGGAUCUAUUGGCACCACUUCUCUGCGAAAUCCAGACCGAAGACAAGACCUUCUGGUGUUUCGAUUCAAUGAUGCGAUUGACACGCUUUGUCUGCUCUCCCAAAGACACCGAUAUGGACUACAAUCUGGCAUUACUUCGGGAACUGUUACGGUUAAUGUACCCCCGAUUCUAUCAACACAUCACACGAUUCCCCAACGACUUGGGCCUACUCUUCACUCAUCGCUGGAUUCUGUUGUGUUUUAAACGUGAAUUUCAUGAGAAGGAAGCGCUUCACAUAUGGGAGUCGUGUUGGUCUCACUUCCAGACGUAUUACUUCCAUCUCUUCGUGUGUUUAGCCGUUAUCUGUAUUUAUGGCAAAGAUGUCAUCACUCAUGACAUGGAUUCCGAUGAAGUGCUCUUCCAUUUCAGUACACUCUCAAUGAAUAUGAAUGGAAAGUUGAUUCUCAGAAAGGCGAGAGGACUGUUCCACGAGUUCAAUAUAAUGCCAGUGAUUCCCUGUUCGCUGAAGAAUGUGACCAAAUGUGGACUCGAGAUGUGGGACAACAAUAGGGAACAACUGAUUGAAUGCGUGAAACAAUUGCCAAAUGUUUGCAAAUUCGGCGCAAUCUGUGGAUGCGAUUCACCAACAAAUGAAUUAUCACUGAAAGACUAAUUCAAACCAAAUAUUUAC